AUGGGCGAUGAGGUGAUGCUCCUCUCCGGCAUUGCCCGCGAGCUUGACAUGAAAACCCGCAGCCCGAACGCCUCGUUCUCGGUGGCCUUCUACCGGCUGGCCGCCCGCACCGUUCCCUCGCCCUACGUGCUGCACAAGCUGGCGCUGAACAGCCGAGAAUUGGCCCAGCUUUUCCCGCUGACACAGUAUCCACAAGGCCAGGGCCCGCCCGCCCAUCCACGCUAUAACCCGCCGCCGACAAAGCUGCACUACCAGAUGUGGAGUCAGAUCCGUGUCGCCUUCACCGGCUACUUUCACCCGGUCACCGGCGAGCUGUACGCGGCGUGUCUAGAGGCCUUCUACGCGGCUCUCACCUUCAAGGUGACGCACCCAAGGCUCGGGGACCCGGAUAGGGAUGAGGCGAAUAGACUGGUGAUAGAGACGGCGGAGACGAUCAAGCAGAUACCGCCUCCGAAUCUGCAGCAUCAG